ACAAAAAUGAAUAUUGAUCAGGAAGUAAAGGAAAUGGUAAAGCUAAAUUAUGCUAAAACUUACGGGUUACCCAAUCCAGACAGAAGUAUAAGAGCUGUUAAAUUAACUAUCUCCUUGUCAACUGAAAUGACAAUGUUCUUUUUAGGGGUCUGCAAACUAGGCUCAUGCCCAU